GGAGAGGGGAGGAGCGGGCGGCGGGCGGCAAAGCCCCCCGCGCCUGAGCCGGCCCGGGCGCGCGCGGUGAGUCCCGGCGCUGACCCAGAAAACCCCUAAUCGGGCCGAGCGUGGCAGCUGGCCGCGGCGCCCCGCGCCCUCGCCUGCCCCGGCUUAGCGCCGGCAAAGCUGACGGGAGCCCUGCCGGCGGGGCAGACGGGUCCGAUCCCGCUCCGGGAUGGGGCGCCGGAGCCGUCCCUCGCCGAUGAGGGGCCGGAGGCGCUGGGCCGCGGCGGGCGGCUUGGCCACGGCCGCGCUGCUGCUGCUGCUGCUCCGGCUCCUGGCGGGGGUGAGUACUGGGCUCGGGAACGCCAGCGCGGCCCCCACCUCCCCCCGCCUCACCCCCGUCUCUGUCCCCCGCCGCAGGCCGGAGGCGUCCGGGCGUCCGCGCCGCGGUGCGGGGCCCCGGGGGCCGCCCGUGGCCUUCGUGAAGACGCACAAGACGGGCAGCAGCACCCUGCAGAACAUCCUCUUCCGGGCGGCCGAGCGCCGCAACCUGACGCUGGCUUUUCCCCGCUACACCUUCCAGUUCGCCUACCCGCAGCCCUUCUCGCCCGCCUUCGCCGAGCCGCCGCCGCCCGGCGCUGCUGGCUACGACCUGCUGCUCAGCCACCUCCGCCUGGAGCCCGCCGCCCUCCGCCGCCUCAUGCCGCCCGGCACCGUCUUCCUCACCAUCCUCCGCGACCCCGUCCGCACCUACCGCUCCGUCUUCCACUACUACUGCGGGUCCGUGCCCGCCUUCCAGCCCCUGCGCAACCGCAGCCGGCCGCUGGCCGCCUUCCUCCGCCGGCCCCGGCGCUACUACGACCCGCGGGAGCCGGGCAACGGGCUGGCCAGGAACCCCAUGGCCUUCGAUCUGGGGCUGGAGGCCGGCGGGGAUCCGUCCGGCUCCGGCGGCGCCUGGCAGCGGGAGCUGGAGCGGCUGAACCGGACCUUCGGGCUGGUGCUGAUCGCGGAGCGCUUCGAGGAGUCGCUGCUGCUGGCGCGGGAGCUGCUGGGGCUGCGGCUGGAGGAGCUGGCGUUCGUGCCCCUCAACGCCCGGCGGCCCGGGGACGAGGGUGGCGCUGAGCCCCAGCGAUGUGCGGCGCCUCCGGGCCUGGAACUGGCUGGACGUGCGGCUGUACCGCUUCUUCCGGGCCGUGCUGCGGGGCCGGGUGGAGCGCUACGGCCGCCGGCGCAUGAGCCGGGACCUGGGCGCCCUGUGCGCCCUGCUGCGGGACGCCCGCCGCCGCUGCCUGCGCGGGGGGCCCGUGGGGCCGGCGGAGACGCCCGACGAGCUGCGGCCCUGGCAGCCGGACGCCGCCGUGGUCCUGGGCUACCGGCUGCGCCCGGAGCUCGCCGGAGCCCAGCGCCGGCGCUGCCAGCGGAUGGUGUGGCCGGAGCUGCAGUACCACGCGUACCUCUACCGGCGGCAGUACGGCAGGGACAUGCCCGCGCCGCCCCCCGACUGAGCGCGGCGCCGCUUCGAGCAGACCUUUAAUUCCUGGGG